UGGUACCGUCAACCAGGACGAACUUGUCGCCGACAAUGCCGCUGUUAAAGAAGCGUUCAAGGCCUACAGGGUAUACAUGACCAAAUACGAGGAGUACUAUAAGACGGUUUUGAUUCCUGGUUUGGAAACGUACAACCAAGAUCAAAUAUUUUUCUUUGCGUACGCUAUGACUAUGUGCGAGAAGAUUAGAAGUCGUGCAUUCUACUAUGACUUGCACCCGAAGAAGCUGGUUCCGAACCAUCACAGGACGAACCUUGCCUUGAUGAAUUUCGACCGAUUCGCAAUUGCCUUUGACUGUCCACUUGGGUCACCAAUGAACCCAGAGUUGAAAUGCGACGUGUACUGAACGAUUGUCAAUUAGUACAAACCCGAAGAUCUCACUGUAAUAAAUACGAUGACCUA